AGAUGAAGAGCACGCAGUGUCUUGGUGGUAGUAUACGAGUCGUGUAGGAACAUCAGGAGUUAUUUUAAAAACGAACAAGAGAGAACUGAGAGAAACUAUUAGGAAGAAUGUUUCGCGUCGCGUCGAGCAACGUCUCCAAGAGACUGCAGAGGGCGGUGAACCCGACGAAGAGGUACUCGACGGAGGGGUCGCUGCCAGCGCAAGCGGAUGUUGUCAUUAUCGGUGGAGGAAGCAUUGGGUGCAACGUGUUGUAUCAGCUGUCCAAGAGGGGUGUGAGCGCCGUCCUUCUGGAGCAGGCCAAGGUGACCAGCGGUACGACAUGGCACACGGCCGGUCUUCAUUGGCGUCUUCGGCCAAACGAUAUCGAAGUCCAGCUGCUAGCCACCACGAAGAACGUGCUGGAGUCGCUUGAAGCGGAAACCGGCCUGCAUUCCGGCUACAUACAAAAUGGUGGAAUAUUUAUCGCGCGUUCAAAGGAGCGCAUCCAGGAGUAUCAGCGUCUGCAUACGCUCGGUCAUUUCUUUGGAAUCGAGAGUCAACUGCUGAACCCUGAAGAAGUAGUCAAACUAUCACCGGCGCUCGACCCCAACGAUUUCACCGCAGCCCUUUACAGCCCCGGUGAUGGCGUCAUCGAUCCAUCCCAGUUCUGCUCGUCCCUCAUCAAAGGAGCCACCAUGAACGGAGGAAAACUUUUCGAGAACUGCCCAGUAACGAAUUUAGUCCUGGACAGAACCGGAGGCAUUAAGAAGGUGGUUGGUGUUGAAACCGAUAAGGGAACAAUCAAAACAAAUUUCGUGGUAAACGCGUGCGGAGCAUGGGCCAACAAAAUUGCGAGAAUGGCCGACGUAGACAUACCUCUUGCGCCCAUGAAGCACGCCUACAUUGUCACCGAAAGCAUCCCCGAAGUUAAGGGAACCCCGAAUAUCCGGGAUCACGACGCGUCUGUCUACUUCCGCAUUCAAGGAGAUUCCAUCUGCAUGGGCGGCUACGAACCCAAUCCAGAACUUCUCCGAGACAUUCCCAACGACUUCCAAUUUGGCCUCUACGAAUUAGACCAUUCCAUCUUCGACGUUCACAUCGAAAAAGCAACAAAACUUUGCCCUACCCUCGGCAAGGUCGGAAUCAAAUCUACAGUCUGCGGCCCUGAAUCUUUCACGCCAGAUCAUAAACCUCUGAUGGGCGAAGACCCCAAAUGCUAUGGUCUUUACCAUGCGUGCGGCUUCAAUUCGGCCGGUAUGAUGUUGAGCAGCGGUUGCGCCGAGCAAUUGGCCAUCUGGUUGACCCGCGGAAGACCCGAUCUUCCGAUGUUUCCGUACGAUAUCCGAAGAUUCACUACCAGCAUGCGUUCAGAUCGCUCGUGGAUCGUGGAGACAAGCCACGAGAGUUACGUGAAGAACUACAGCAUCGUCUUCCCGCACGAUCAGUUCCUCUCCGGAAGAAAUCUGCAGAUCGAUCCUUUCCACGAGGUGCUCGUUGCCCACGGAGCCGUCAUGGAGCAGGCACAAGGUUGGGAAAGACCCGGCUACUACAUCAAAGACUCGACUGCCCCAGUGAGAAACUACGAUUGGUACGGUUACUACGAUCACGUUAAGAACCCGGAUCAGAGAUACUCGAAGCAGCUGGAAAGGGAUUACACCUUCAACUUCUCCAAGAAUCAUGACAUCAUCGGAGAAGAGUGCUUGGCGGCUAGGAACAACGUCGCUCUUUUCGAUCUUUCCUACUUCACCAAAUUGUACUUAACUGGACCAGAUGCUCAGGAGGCGGCCGAUUGGUUGUUUACCGCUAACACAGAUAGGGAACCGGAAAAGGUUGUUUACACAUGCUCCUUGAACUCGAAGGGAGGCGUCGAAGCAGAUUGCACGGUGAUGCCGUUGGUGCAAGGCGCAGGAAGAUUGGUUGGUCCCAUCCUGAAGGGAAAAGGUUACUACAUCGUAGCAGGGGGCGGAUCCGGAUACCACACCAUUUCCCACCUGAAGAAGCAGCUGUACAUUAAAAAGUUCAAAUCCGUCAUCACCGAUGUCACCGAUAAAAUGGGAAUCCUCUCUAUCCAAGGACCGAAGAGUGGUGAGCUCCUGCAAUCCAUCACGGAAACUCCCAUCACCGAUCAGAACUUCCCGUUCGGAAUGUCCCAUUUGGUGACCAUAAACGGACACACCUGUCGUGCGAUGCGCAUCAGCUUCGUCGGCGAAUUGGGCUACGAACUGCACAUACCCACCGCCAGUUGUCUAUCCAUCCUCAGCAAAGUGGAGGAAGCUGGAAGGAGUUUCGAUAUGAAAUUCGCCGGUUACAGGUCGCUCUACUCGCUGAGUUGCGAAAAGGGCUACCAUCUCUGGAACCACGACCUCAGAGGUAAUGACAAUCCUGUUGAAGCAGGUCUCGGCUUUGUCUGCCGCAAAGAAGGACCCUACCAAGGCAAAGACCAAGUCGAUAAGCUUAAAAAACAAGGCGCAAAGAAGAAGCGCGUAUUCUUCACCAUCCCAGACAAAACCGUCGCCGUUUACGGCUUAGAAACCAUCUGGAGAGACGACACCAUCGUCGGGUUCUUGAGGAGAGGCGAAUACGCUUAUCAUUUGGACUGCAGUCUCGGCAUUGGAUUUGUCGAGCAUCCUGAAGAUAAGGUCAUCACGGACGAAUUCUUAAAGACCGGUCGUUACGAGAUUGAGGUGAUGGGCACCAGGUAUCCGGCCAUUCUCCAUACCACCAGUCCCUUCGAUCCAACCAACCAAAGGCUCAUGGGUCACUACGAGCACCACUUCCAGGAACAAUCUCAUUUCGAAGACUGAUUUUACACGUUCGUUAGAUCUUUUACAUAAAUAUAUAUAUAUACAUACAUAAUAUUUUUUUACACGUACUGUUGUCGAUGAUGCUAGAUUUAAACAAUUACUCGAUUAAAUAAAUUUAGGAAAAUUUAACAAUUACAAAAAUAAUGGUGGAAAUAAAGACAUUAUGUAACUUAUUAA